AUGCAAAACAUUCUUCAACCAACUCCACUCACAACAUUUCUCAGCAUGAGUAGUUCUUCAUCCUCAACCAAAGACAAAGGCAUUUCCGUAAGUUUCGAUCAGUUUUGGAUGUUUUAAGGCUCAUCCAUAUUUGGAUCACCUAGUAAAUUCAAUCAGUCUUUAGUCAUCAUGUAUCUAAUUACAUAGCAUUCAGUUAUUGUAAGCCUUGUAUCAUACUCCAGAUGUUUCAACUUGAUUCACUGUCCAACUAUUGUAAGAAUCAGUAAUUGCGAAAUGUUUUACUGUCUGUUUCGAAACGAUAUUAUUCAUGUUUAGAAGGAGCGAAAGUCUCUCAAUCGCAAAAAAAACAGUCAGAGACACAAAGUGGAGCACAUGACCCUGGGAGAGAACCACAAUGGUACCAGAGUCUACAUGGAAACCACUUCUUGUAAGUCGAAAGCCCUCUACCUUUGAUUGCAUACUAAACCCUGUUUUAACCUUUAACUUUAUAUGGUAUCAUGACACCUUCUGAACUACUUUGAGUAUUAUCUUUAGCCAAACUGAAACAACGACCAGCAUUCAAUCUGGAUACAACAGUUCAGUACAGCGACUACGCUCACAAUGCCAAGAAGCCAGAGCCGAAGCGAGAAGAUUGGAAUCAGAAUUGGGUCGAGUCUCUCAGAGACACCAGAUGA